AUGUCCUUACUUGAAGGGUUUUCGUAUGUAGCGUUAACGGCAUCAACUACAGAAAAAUUUGAUCAGUGUGUCGAAUUUUAUAACUCCUUGGGCUUUCAGACGAUUUCACAGGGAGUUGUUCCCAAGCAAGACAGCUGGCAGAAAGAAUGCUAUCUUCAUUUGUUCGAGGAACGACUUGCCAACGGUAACACUUUGAAAAUUUCAUUGUCGCCCGAUGCAGGAGAAAAGUUGCCUCACGAAGGAAAUGAAUUGUGGCCAGAAUACGCGUCCUUUGCCGUAGUUUCUAAAAAUCUUUCGGGAGUGGAAUCGACCUUAAAUUCCCGUAACAUUCACUUUCGAAAGUAUGCCUAUACUGAAGACGGCUUCUUAACAACCCUUCCAUAUGAGUCAAUUCACACGGAAAUCUGCGUGUGCGACCCGUUGAAUAAUCUUAUUGUGUUUACCAAUAAGCCGAUUCCUUUUAGUAAAAAUGUGUAUCCUGUUACCCCGGAAGGAUUGAAACCUGUCCCCGCAAAAGAAGUUAUUCCAUUGAAGUCUAAAGGAAAAAGAAUAGGCAUUCUGACAAGCGGUGGUGACGCACCUGGAAUGAAUGCAGUAGUUAGAUCGGUAGUGAGAGUAGCUAUUUCAAGAGGAUGCGAAGCAUAUGCCAUCUAUGAUGGAUAUGAAGGACUGGUGCGAGGUGGAGGAAAGAUUAAAAAAUUUGGGUGGGCCGAUGUCAGGGGAUAUCUUCCUAUAGGUGGCACGCGUAUUGGGACGGCUCGUUGUAAAGAAUUUCGCGAACGCAGUGGGAGAUUAGCCGCAGCGUAUAAUUUGGUGAAAAAUGGGAUAGAUGCCUUGAUCGUUUGCGGUGGCGACGGUUCAUUGACUGGAGCUGAUAUCUUGCGGAAAGAAUGGCCCGGUUUAAUAGAGGAAUUGGUUGAAGAUGGAAAGCUGACCGCAGAGGAAUCUUCCCCGUACAUGAAUUUGACCAUUGUCGGACUCGUGGGAUCAAUUGAUAAUGACAUGCCCUCAACGGAUAUCACGAUAGGCGCCGUGACGUCACUGCAUAGAAUUUGUGAGUCAGUUGAUAGUAUUUCUUCCACGGCUAUAAGUCAUUCCCGCGCAUUUGUAAUUGAAGUAAUGGGUCGACGCUGCGGCUGGUUGGCACUAAUGGCAGCCAUUAGUACUGGUGCCGAUUUCGUUUUUAUUCCCGAGCGUCCUCCUCCUGAAAAUUGGGAGGAUGAAAUGUGUAAAAUAGUUAAAAGACAUCGCGAUCUCGGAAAGCGUAAGACCAUAGUUAUUGUAGCCGAGGGCGCAAUUGAUCUAAAUCUUAAGCCCAUAAAAUCCGAUCACAUCAAAGAACUCUUGGUUCGUAUCGAGAUCGAUACGAGAGUUACAACAUUAGGGCAUACCCAACGAGGAGGUAGUCCUUGCGCGUACGAUCGAAAUCUCGCAACUAUCCAAGGCGUUGAGGCCGUAAAUGCGGUGCUCGAGGCAAAACCGGAUACACCAUCUCCAAUGAUUGGUGUGCGCGAAAAUAAAAUAACAUGCGAAUCAUUGAUAAAUGCUGUUGAACUGACUCAUCAAGUGAAAGAAGCAAUCGACAAGCAAAACUUUAGACGCGCUAUGGAGUUGCGCGAUCCUGAGUUUGCUGAUAAUUAUGAAGCAUAUCGAGCCACAACCCUUGUGGAUAGUAAAGAAAUGUUGGUACCGGAGCAUCAGCGACUUCGUAUAGGAAUAAUGCACAUCGGAGCUCCAGCCGCCGGAAUGAAUCAAGCGACACGUGCAGCAGUUCGUUUUGCACUUAAUCGUGGUCACACACCCAUUGCCAUUUACAAUGGAUUCAAAGGACUCCUGCAAGAAAAUGUUUGCGAGCUUUCAUGGUUUGAUGUUCAUGAAUGGACAUCUAAAGGUGGAUCGGAGUUGGGUACAAAUAGAACUGAACCGGAUUAUGAUAUUGGCAUGGUUGCAUAUCAAUUUCAGAAGCAAGGAUUUGAUGCUUUACUUAUUAUUGGUGGAUUUGAGGCAUAUGAUUCAUUAAGAGUAUUACAUGAAGCUCGAGAACAUUAUCCCGCUUUCCGUAUACCAAUGGUCUGUAUUCCGGCCACCAUUUCAAAUAAUGUCCCGGGUACAGACUUUUCAUUGGGAAGCGAUACAAGUCUGAAUGCUAUAGUCGACAGCUGUGAUGCCAUUAAACAAUCCGCAUCCGCAUCUAGAAGAAGAGUGUUUGUUGUUGAAGUUCAUGGUGGUCAUUGUGGUUAUUUGGCUGUUCUAUCUGGACUUGCGGUUGGUGCGACUAGUACUUAUAUACCGGAAGAGGGUAUAUCACUCAAGACACUUCAAGCUGACGUGAACCAUUUAAGACGCAGAUACGGAGACGACAAGAAGUUUACCAGCUCGGGACGUUUGAUUCUACGGAAUGAAUGUGUUUCGGAGACUUACACGACAGACGUCAUCGCGAACAUAAUUGAAACUGAGGGCAAGGGACUUUUUGAUUCGCGAACUAGUGUAUUAGGGCACAUUCAGCAAGGAGGUGCCGCUUCCCCAUUAGAUCGUAUACGAGCCAUUCGUUUAGCCGUGAAUCCGGAAUCAGCAUCGGUUAUUGGAAUUAUAGGGGCAACGGUCGUUUUUAGUUCUGUCGUCGAUUUGGCAAAAGAGACCGAUAAGAAGAAGCGUAAAAGUAAAAGGGCUUGGUGGAUUCAUUUGAAAGGCCUUGUCGAUCUAUUGUCAAAAUGGGGAUAUUCGGAACAAGAAGUUGAGACAGAUGACCUGUACGAGGCGAUAAAUAAGGAC